CACAACCCUUUUUACUCGACAUGUCGGACCAAGUCUCGGACCAGCAGCUGGGGGACGCCGUGCUCGAGUCCGUUCAACAUGGCUCGUUCCCGCAGAGCGAACAUGUGGCCUCUGCCGAACUCUCCCCCGCAACGCUGCCGAAGCUGCUGGAUAUCGUAGGCAAGGCCAGAGAGGAGAAGAAAACCCAAAUCCGCCAGAUAUCCAGAGAAGCUGCCUCCGACGUCGAUGGCUGGAUAGCCCAGGCUCGCCAACUCCAAUCCGAUAUCCAACGCUCGCAGGAAACAGCACAAGAAAUCAUCAAGCAAGCUGAGUCUGGCAAAGAGAAGACUGCCCACGUGCAAGACGCAGUGAGCAAAGUCGGCUUUCUACAUUCCGAGAUCGCGUACAAUGAAAGCUUGGUGAAUGUGGUGGAACAACUCAAGGACAUAUCGACCCUCCUCGAAUCCGCGCAAGAAGCUGCCGUAAACAGCCAUAUUAUACAUGCUCUCGAGAGAUUGGAAGAUGCUGGUGCUGCCUUCAAACGACUUGGGCCCUUUGAAAAUGCGCGGGUCGCAGGCCUGCUCAAGACGAGAUCAUCCGAGUUGAGGACAGCUAUUGCUGAGACUGUGACUGAGGCCUGGAAUGGCCUGGUUAUUGUUGACACUACGGACAGGAGCAUAUCGCUGAAGGAAGAGGUCGUCACAGGCACUACAAUCCACAUCGACACCGUGGUGGAAGCGCUGAUCAAACUGGGUACCUUCGACAAAUUCGUUACACGCCUUAGCCGAGACAUGGACAGUGUUAUUAUCUCACCGCGCUUGACUAUAAACACCGAGCAGCUAGUGUCCGCACUGGUUAUUGAAGGAGACAACGCCCAGGUCGAUGGUCAUGUCAGCGAUAUGAGCGUCAAAGCAACACUGGAAGAUCUGCAGGCAAUCGCAGAGUACAUCAGCACAAGACUUCCUCCCUCCGUCGCGACACCCUUGUCCGAGAAGCUUGUCCCAACGAUUGCCACCCGCUUGAUCAACAACUGGCUUCUCCCAGCCGUGCCGCUAUCCACUACUGAUGUGCCGAGCUUCCAAGAAAUCCUCUCGCUGGUGCUUGGGAUUGUCGAGUAUUUCGAUGAGCUGGGCUGGUCGGGUCAGAAUCGCCUGUCAGAUUGGGUGGACAAAUCUGCAGACAUUUGGCUCGCGAGACAAAAGGAGGUCGCUAUAGCCAGGGUGCAGCGUCUCUUCCCACGGCGCGUACAAGACAAGAAGACAGUGGAGCGGGUUGAGACUCAAACUAUCACAAAAGGGGACGCUCUCCAUACAGAACACACAGAAAACCAGCAUGUACCGGAAAAGGAAGAAGAAGCCGAUGAUUGGGGUGCUGAUUGGGGUGAAGAAGAGCCGGCGAAAGAGGAGGCCAAACAACCUGCCGAAGAUUUGGAAGAAGAAGACAUGAGUGCCUGGGGCAUGGAAGAAGAGGAAAAUCAAGAGGAUAAAAAGUCGGAGCCAAAUGCUGCGCCAGCAGAGGAGGAUGCAGAAGACUGGGGAGCCGACUGGGACGAUGAAGACACAAAACCUGCCACUGCAGAGCCGCCAUCUAAACAACCCUCGCAACCCUCGCAAAAUCCGCUCGGAAAAGCAAAACCACCCAAACCCACAAGCGCCGAGGAAGUCAUCACCCUACGAGAAAAGUACACUGUGACUGCAAUCCCCGACUCCAUCAUCGAAAUUAUCCUCCAAGUCAUCACCGAUAUCACCACCCUCAACUCGACCGACCUAGCCUCCGCUGCCAUCACACCCGCCAGCAGCGGGCUUUACGCAAUCCCCAGCCUCCUCCUCGCCAUGUACCGCGCCACAGCAGCGACCCACUACUCCCGGGACAUCGCCGCCAACAUGCUCAUCUACAACGACUGCACGCGUCUCUGCGACCGCCUCCGCACCCUUCUCCACUCCCUCUCCUCCUCCUCUGCCCUCCCGCUACAUCUCCACCCAGCAACCCACCUCACAAACCCGCUUACCGCCGACAUAAAAGCCAUCGAAACCUUCGCCAACCGCGCCUACGGCCGCGAAAUGGAAUCCCAACGCACCAUCAUCCGCGACCUCCUCGAUGCCGCCCAAGGCUUCGAAAAAUGUACCACCGCCCCCUUCUCCUCUGAAUGCGACAACGCCGUCGCUAUGACCAUCGAUCGCAUCGCAGACGUCAAGAAAGCCUGGCAACCUGUUCUCUCACCCUCGGUCCUCCUACAGAGUCUCGGCUCCCUCUCCGCGACCGCCCUCGGCAAAUUUAUCACCGAUGUCGAAAACAUGGACGAUAUCUCCGUCGAUGAAAGUGGCAAGUUGCAUUCCUUUACCGUUUCCUUGUCGACGCUUUCACAGCUGUUCAUACAGCCUCAUUCCAGCGAGGAAGAGGACGAGUCGGAGCCGAGAGAUCUCGCGCACCUCUACAUCCCCAAUUGGCUCAAAUUCCAAUACCUGGGCGAGAUUCUCGAUAGCAGUCUUGCGGAUAUCAAGUUCUUCUGGACGGAUGGGGAACUCAGUCUUGAGAUGGAGCCUGAGGAGGUUGUGGAUUUGGUCAAGGCGCUUUUCGCGGAGAGCGAUUUCAGGAGGAAGGCUGUGGCUGAGAUUAGGAGGGGGAAGUGA